AUGAGUACGAGAAAGCGUCGUGGUGGGACAGUAAAUUCUAGACAAGCCCAGAAGCGAACUCGGGAAACCACCUCCCCACCUGAGAUGGCCUUGGAGGCAGAACCUAUAGAGCUCGUGGAAAGCGCGGGAGACGAAAUAGUGGACCUCACCUGUGAAUCUUUAGAGCCUGUGGUCGUCGACCUGACUCACAAUGACUCUGUCGUGGUAAAGAGGAGGCGGCCGAGGAGGAACGGCCGGCGGCUGCGCCAGGACCACGCGGAUAGCUGUGUAGUGAGCAGUGACGAGGAGGAGCUGGCCCGGGACAAGGACGUGUAUGUGACCACCCACUCCCCCAGGAGCGCCAGGGAGGAGGCAGCUGUGGGCCUCAGGCCCUCGGGCACCGUCAGCUGCCCCAUCUGCAUGGACGGGUACUCGGAGAUUGUGCAGAAUGGACGUCUCAUUGUUUCUACAGAGUGUGGCCACGUCUUCUGUAGCCAGUGCCUCCGUGAUUCCCUGAAGAAUGCUAACACUUGCCCAACUUGCAGGAAAAAGAUGAGCCACAAACGGUACCACCCCAUUUACAUAUGA